GGGUAUGAUAAGCAUCAACUCUGAAUUUCAGACCAAGGCCUGAGUUCCCUUCAUUGGACACCAGGGUCUGAGUUCUGGCUCUGCAACAUACUGGUCCCUUCCUACCUACCCCUAUUUGCAAAAUCAGAUUAACAAUAGCACCCCCACCAAGGUUGCUGGAAAGCAAGGCAUUAGCACAAAUGGUUUAGACCCACGAGGUGGAGGGGCCACAGGACUCUUAGUUCUUUGGCUGGAGACCUGGAGAAGUAACUUUACUGACUCCUCCCGAGAGCAGAGGCCCUACUUGAAGGAGAAAGAUGAGAGCGACGCUGGCUGUUGGCUUCAAAAUUAAGUCAGUAAGUGGCUAGACCAUCUGCAACCAAGCAGAGCAGGGUAGUCCCUUAAACAGGCAGGGCCAGCUGAGGGUCCCGACGAAUGUGGGCCAGCCCCAGGGACCUGGAGAAAAGAACAGACUGGUCUCGCGAGGAUGCCUCUUAGGAUGUGCCUGGUUCUACCCGGCUCUCCAUGGCUCGGCUGGCGUCUCGCUGUCCCUCGGUACCCAAGGACGGAUGGAGUAAGUAAUUAAGCAGAGGACUAACUUGACCGAUGAGUCCCGGGAGUCCCUGGAGAUUCCCGGCGUCGCAGAGGCAGCGCUCCCCACCCUAAAAGGCAGCCCCUUCCCUCGAGACCUGAGGUGGGCAACCCGGAGACCACGCCCGCUGCAGGGAGAGAGGAAGCCCAGGUGGCUGGUAAGCUUCGGCUGAAAAGCAACUUUGUACCCUGCGCCUUGGGCGAGAGGCUCCACCUUCCCACGCGGCGGCUGACUCUCCGCCAGGCUGCGCAGUCCGGGUGUCGCCCUGGAAGCCUGCGGUGCCCGAGCCGCGCAGCCCGGCACUCGGGGCUCAGCCGAGAGCCGCAGAGAAUGAAGAUAUUCAAAUGGUUUUUUAAAUACAUCCUCCAGCAGAAAGUUUUCCUCCUGUUUUUAACCCUAUGGCUCUUCUCCUUGUUAAAGCUUCUAAAUGUGGGAAGGUUCCUCUUUCCUCAGAGAAGCAUUUACCUGGUGGAGUACUCCUUAAGCACCUCGCCUUUCGUAAGAAACAGGUACAGCCACGUUAAGGAUGAAGUCAGGUAUGAAGUUAACUGUUCUGGGAUCUAUGAGCAGGAGCCCUUGGAAGUCGGCAAGAGUCUGGAGAUCCGGAAACGGGAUAUCAUUGACCUGGAGGAUGAUGACGUGGUGGCCAUGACCAGUGAUUGUGACAUUUAUCGGGCUCUAAGAAGAUACCCUCAGAAGCUCGUGUCACAGGAAGAAAAGAGUUUCCCAAUAGCUUAUUCUCUGGUUGUCCAUAAAGACGCGAUUAUGGUCGAAAGGCUCAUCCACGCUAUAUACAACCAGCACAAUAUCUACUGCAUUCAUUAUGACUUGAAGUCACCCGAUCCUUUCAAAGUGGCCAUGAACAACUUAGCUAAGUGCUUUUCUAAUAUUUUCAUUGCUUCCAAGUUAGAGGCAGUGGAGUAUGCCCACAUUUCCAGACUCCAAGCUGACUUAAAUUGCUUAUCAGACCUUCUGAGGUCUUUGGUUCCCUGGAAAUACGUCAUCAACCUAUGUGGGCAAGAUUUUCCUCUGAAGUCAAACUUUGAAUUAGUGUCAGAGUUGAAGAAACUCAAUGGGGCAAACAUGCUAGAGUCAGUGAAACCCCCUAACAGUAAGAUGGAAAGAUUUACUUAUCACCAUGAGCUCAGACGAGUGCCUUAUGAAUAUGUGAAGCUACCAGUAAGGACAAACAUCUCCAAGGAAGCACCCCCUCACAACAUUGAGAUAUUUGUGGGCAGCGCCUAUUUUGUUUUGAGCCGGACAUUUAUACAAUAUUUGUUUAACAGCUCCCUCACCGAAGACUUUCUUGCCUGGUCUAGGGAUACUUACUCUCCUGAUGAGCACUUCUGGGCUACUUUAAUCAGGGUACCAGGAAUACCUGGGGGGAUUUCCAGGUCAGCCCAGGAUGUGUCCGACCUCCAGAGUAAGACCCGCCUUGUCAAAUGGAAUUACUACGAGGGCUUUUUCUAUCCCAGUUGUACUGGUACUCAUCUUCGAAGCGUGUGUAUCUAUGGAGCUGCGGAAUUAAGGUGGCUUAUGAAGGAUGGACAUUGGUUUGCUAAUAAAUUUGAUUCGAGAGUGGAUCCUGUCUUGAUUAAGUGCUUGGCAGAAAAGCUUGAAGAACAACAGAGAGAGUGGAUUGCUUUGUCUUCAGAAAGAUCAUUUAUUGAUAAGAACCCCUCAAUUACAUCUUCCUAGUAAAAUGACAAUGGAAAUAUGAGGAUAUCUAGCAUGUGGGAGUUAAUAUAGAAGCGUUUACUGCGCCACAUUCAGUACCAUCUGAACUUAAUCUCAUAGUUUGAAAGACAUCUGAAAUUCUGUGCACUGAAGAAAGCCAUCUAAGACUUCCACGAGCUUGGAGCUGGUUGGGACUUUUAAUAUCUUAUUUUUGCUUGUAAUCUCACUGAGGUAAAUCAGAGCUCUUAUAUAUUUAGUCAGUUAUCAAAUAUUUAUUGAGCACCUACUGUGCACCAGGCACUUUUUUAGAAAACAUUCAGGAAUUAAAUCUAAGUUGUAAUGAAUUGCACAAUGCCCUCAGGAGGCCAUGCAUUACCUCAUCGCGCGGUGAUCUCAGUAUCUGUGUGGAUUCUGCUAAAGAUGCGGAGUAUGUGCUUAACCUGUAAACUGCCCAUUCAGAACAGUGUGUGGGGACAGUGCUGAGCACUCCACUCAUCUCUUCGUUCAGCCCUGUAGAACUCUCUUAACUACUAAAAUCCCAGGAAGAGCGACUCCACUACCUCAGCGAAGCUCAAAGAAUUGUCCAGUUGCCUGCUUGCCAAAGCUUAAUUCACCGGUUGGUGCCUCACUUGUACAAUGCAGGGUUGCGAGGGCUGUGUGGAUGUGGAACUUACUGAACGGGAUGGCAGGGAA